GCGCCCCUUUUCUUCUUCCUUUCACCUUCCGUUGGCAACGAAGAGCACGCCAUUGAUGUAUUCACACACAUAGCCAGCUAGAUUCAUAGAUAGAUUAUAGAUACACUGUACAUAUCUAUAUAGACAUCUAGGGAGAGACGCACGCAGUCGUUCGUCGCCGGCCGGCCGCUGAAGUAGUAAUCUAGGGUUUCCUUGCAUCUCCGGCGAUUUACUUUCUGGUGUGUGGUGUGGUAUGGGGAAGAAGAGGAAAUCCGAGGCGACGCGGUUGGAUGAGGUGGAUCAAACCAUGUACUCCGCCUUCUGUGGCGCCGCCAAUUCCCUUUCCCAGCUCUACUCGCAGGCUAUGCACCAGCAGCGGGCCUCCUUCCAUGCCGGUGAACGCCACGCGCUGGAGAAGCUUUAUGCUUGGAUGCUGAGACAGCAAGAAAUCGGGGCUAGGUUGAUGCCUGGUGAUGUUUUCGCCUACGUGCAGAAUGAGUUCAACUAUGGGGCGGAGGAACCUCCACCACAGCAACAACCCCACGGCACAAUGCAGUCGACGACUCACUCUGCAAAUCCAAUGUUUUCAAAUGCCUCUGGUCCUGCAGCCAUUGGACAGCAGGGACUGCCUCUGCCCCGUGCUCUGUUUACUCGCGAUCCCAACCCCCCUAGUUCGAACGAUACUUCAAUGGACAUGCACAUGCACGCCGACAGCCCCGGCCAUGAUUCUCCAUACUGAAAACAAAAGGGACUCCUCAAAGAAAGAUCAAAGCAUGAGGUGCGAGUCAAAACAUGAAAAGCUUGAGAUGCCAGUUAAAGCAUGAGGUAUCACUCUCUUCUAUAUGAGAAUCUUUAAGCAUUAGGUGAUUAGAUGACACAUUGAAUAUAUUAUGAUAGGUGGUGAAUCUGUCUUUGAAUUUCGAGAAUAGCAUAUGUCACAUGUCCUGUGGUAAUGAGAUUUUGAGCUUUUUAAAUUUUACACAGUUUGUAUA